UGUGCAAUAUAAAGUUGUACUGUUACGUAGCCUUGGCUCAUCGUCUUUUACGAAACGCUUUUGACAGUUUUCUCCUAAACCACGCCUUUGCUCCUGCAUCCUGGUAUUGUAUUGGUUAAGGAGCAGGUCGCCGAGGAUCUUACUGGUUGUUUUUUACAUAGGGUCCCAAACAGCUCCGAGAUUUGGAAUGUUUGCUUACUGUCCAAUAGCAAAAUGGCGACUGUCAUUCAGAAUCCUCUCAAAUCGCUAGGUGACCAGUUCUACCGGGAGGCCAUAGAACACUGUCGCAGCUACAACGCCCGUCUGUGUGCCGAGCGGAGCGUCCGUAUGCCCUUCCUGGACAACCAAACUGGCGUGGCCCAGAACAACUGCUACAUCUGGAUGGAACAGCGCCACCGCGGGCCAGGUCUGGGUGCUGGACAGAUGUAUGCGUACCCAGCUCGGUGUUGGAGGAAGAAGAGGCGGCUUCACCCCCCUAUGGACCCUCAGCUACAACUCUGUGAACUACGACUGGAGGCAGAGCUGGCCCCUAAGAGGGAGCCCUCCCCAGGAGAGGCCACAGCUCUGGAGACUCUGCUCAGAGGGGAGGGACAACUGGAGAAGAAGAAAGACAUCAUCAAGGAGGACGAGACCCUCUUAGAGAUACAGAGGGUCUUGGAGGCUGACGAAAAUGGCGACGAUUUUCAUCAUGACAAUGAGGACUUUGAAGUGGACACUCCGAAGAGGAAGCAGAGGAAAGGAAGGGGCCGAGGAUCCAGCCGCAGGAGAACGGAGGCUGUGUCCAACGACGACGUGGAUAAACCUUACGUCUGUGACAUCUGUGGGAAGCGCUAUAAGAACCGUCCAGGUCUGAGCUACCACUACGCACACACACACCUGGCGGAGGAAGAGGGGGAGGAGAGGGAGGAAGAGAUGCCACCGACCCCGCCACCACACCGACCAAACCCAGACCCAGACAACCACAAACCUCAGAGGGCGGCAGAUGGCUCCAUCAUCCCUAACGACUACUGUGACUUUUGUCUGGGAGACUCUGACUCGAACAGGAAGACUGGCCAGGCUGAGGAGCUGGUGUCCUGCUCUGACUGCGGUCGCUCCGGCCACCCUACCUGUCUGCAGUUCACAGACAACAUGAUGAUGGCGGUGAAGACCUACCAAUGGCAGUGCAUCGAGUGCAAGUCCUGCAGUCUCUGUGGCACCUCUGAGAAUGACGACCAGCUGUUGUUCUGUGACGACUGUGACAGAGGAUACCACAUGUACUGUCUGAAGCCCCCCAUGACCCAACCUCCUGAAGGGAGCUGGAGCUGUCACCUGUGUUUGGAACUGUUGAAGGACAAGGCCUCCGCCUAUGAAGAGCCAUAGCUUCUCUAACACACACACACAGACACACACACACACACACACACACACACACACACACACACACACACACACACACACACACACACACACACACACACACACACACACACACACACACACACACACACAAUGGAUUUACAGGCUCAGGGUGCACAUUCAGUCUCAUCUCGUUCAGCUUCUCAGUUUCUAUCUCAGUACUAUCCUCUCUACCUCUGAAGUUGAAACAAUGUCAUGUGGUUAUAAAAACCACAAAGCGAAUCGUCAAAUAGGAAUCUUUGCUACACAGUGUUUGACACUAUGCUGUUCUACAAUGUCUUCUGACUAUUAUCUCGCUAGACAUGUUUGUGCUGAGGUAAAAAAAAACAAGGAGAAUUUAUCUCCUUGUGAAUUUAUGUUUGUGCUGAGGUAAAAAAAAAACAAGGAGAAUUUAUGUCUGUUUGUUUGAAUUUCAGUUUCCAGUCCUCUCCUUGUUAAAAUUUCACAGUGACGUUGUUUCAUAUUUCACCAAGACAUAUUGCAUAUUUUAAAUAGCGUUUACUCACAGGACUUAUCAAGCAUCCUUUAAUUUUUUUGAGGAGUCAUUGCAGCCAUUAUUUAAUUUCAGUUGGAUAUUAGCCAGGUUUGUGGUUACUAGGAUACUUAAAAGUACCUCAUGACAAUGAUCUAAAUCGUUAUUAAUUUAAAACUGGUCUUAUUUAUACAUUUCUGGUUAUUGUGACUGUUGGAUGGAUGCUUUUGUUUGUAAAUUGAAGCAACACAAUAUGGUGGCAAAUCCUGCUCCACUUCCCAAGUUCUGGGUCCUAGAUCAUGUUGCUCUCUCUGUUAAUGUGUUACCAUGCAAUAAGGUUUACAUGUUGUUCAUAUUCUGUAGAUCGGUGUAGGAAACUGGUAAAGGGCUAUAUACAUAGACCAUAGAGAGAAUCAUUCAGCAUUCACACCCCUGGAUUUUCCCCAUUUAAUUGUCUUUAAUUGUUUUUCUUUUUUUUUUUGUCAACGAUCUACACAAAUUACUCUCUAAUGUAAAAGUGGAAUAAAAACUCAAACAUUUGUGUAAAAAAAAAAAAAAAGGAAAAAGAAAAUCUUGAUUACAGAAGCAUUCAACCCCCCCCGAUGUAUUCAACCCCCCCCCGAUGUAUUCAACCCCCGCCCGAAGUUUUCAACCCCCCUACGUCAAUAAAUGUUAGAAUCACCUUUUUUAGCGAUUACAGCUGUGAGUCUUUCUGGGUAAGUCUCUUAAAGAGCUUUACACACCUAGAUUGUACAAUAUUUGCACAUUAUAGAAGAAGGAAAAAUAUUCAAGCUCUCAAGUUGGUUGGUGAUCAUUGCUAGACAACCAUUUUCAAGUUUUGCCAUACAAUUUCAAGACGGAAAACUGUAACUAAGCCACACGGGAACAUUCAAUGUCGUUUUGGUAUGCAACUCCAGUGUAUAUUUGGCCUUGUGUUUUAGGUUUAUAGUCCUGCUGAAAAAGAAGACUGAACUGGGUUUUCCUCUAGGAUUUUGCCAUUUCUUUUUCCCUAGUUCUUGCUGAUGACAAGCAUACCCAUAACAGGAUGCAGCCACCACCAUGCUUGAAAAUGGUGAUGUGUCGUGUUGGAUUUGCCCCAAACAUAAAGCUUUGUAUUCAGUACAUAUAUUUAAUUUCUUUGACACAUUUGUUGCAGUAUCACUUUAGUGCCUUGUUGGAAACAGGAUGCAUGUUUUUGGAAUAUUUAUAUUCUGCACGGACUUCGUUCUUUUCACUCUGUCAUUGAGGUUAGUAUUAUGGAGUGACUACAAUGUGGUUUAUCCAUCCACAGUUUUCUCUCUAUCACAGCUAUUAAACUCUGUAACUUUUUUAAAGUCACCAUUGGCCUCAUGGUGAAUUCCCUGCUCGGUUUUCUUCCUCUCCGGCAACUGAGUUAAGGUAAGAAACUGAGUAAUGAAAGACGCCUGUAUCUUUGUAGUGACUGGCUGUAAUGAUACACCAUUCAAAGUGUAACUAACAAUAGGAGCUCUUCUUUGCGAUGCAUUGGAAAACCUCCCUGGUCUUUGUGUUUGAAAUUCACUGCUCGACUGAGGGACCUUACAAUUAUCUGUACGUGUGGAGUAUGAGGUCGUCAUUAAAAAAAUCAUGUUAAACAAUAUUAUUGCACACAGAGCGAGUCCAUGUGACUUGUUAAGCAACAUUUUACUCCUGAACUUAUUUAGGCUUUCCAUAACAAAGGGGUUGAAUACUUAUAGACUCAAG